CUGUACCUUUGCACUAAUGAUCCUGACAUUUGUUUCUUUUACAGGGACACCAGAGGAAGUAACAUUUCGAGUUGAAAUUCUUUCAAAGAAGUGCCACAUGAAAAGGUCAAAGGCGAGUCUUUUUUUUUCUUUCUGGUCAUGCCUGCCAGAAAGGUCAGAGGUACAAAAUGACCUAUGGGACUAUUGUGUAAUUCCACUGGGCUGUGCCAUGCUAUUCUCCAGUGCAUGUGAUGUAAGAGGAAAGCUGUCUGUUGGAGAUUUACAGCAGCACAGGAGUAAACAUGAAUUCUGAACACAGAGCGACAAAAAUAACAACAGCUGGAAACGCUAUGAGUAAUGACCGCUUUCAUGGGCACACUGAAGAAGAGGGCAGUAAUCUGUAUGCACACAGCCCCAUGUUAAUCGUCACAUCCAUCACCAUGGCAAUGGAGCCAGAAUAUAAAAUCAUGCACUAUACCGACUGAAUCGGAGGACAACAGAAAAGAAGCCAAAUGUGAUUAAAUGUGGAAACCAUCGACAACAUAUCAUUAGCCAUUUAUUCAGGAUGGAAGAAGACUUGCAACCACAGCCUUGAGUCAAAUGUGCUAUGGACACCAUGGUUCAGCUGGCACACAAUCAAGAGCAGACGCAUAAGGACCAAGAUACGGAUCAGCACAUAGUGUAUGUUUGAAUUAAAGAAUCAGAAAUCCCUUUUGACUGUGGGUAAACCAAGUAGGCUACACCUCCCCUUCCGUCCUCACACUCCCCUCCCCUCUCCAUGCCCCCAGCGCUUCCCAGUCUCUGGUUCACUCGUCUCUGUUUACCUCUCUGCUAAUCCCUUGCAUUGCGUGGUCUCUCUCUCUCUUCCCUGUAUUCUCUCGAUCGCUCUCUCUCUCCUCCCUUUUCAUGCUCGGAGCCAGAGGGCUGCCACACGACCCACUCCGCCUGCUAUAUGAUCUUGUGGAAAACAGCUCCGUGUCUUUUUAGCCGCUUGCUGCUGCUCGAGCCUUUGUAGAUUGCAAUCUAGGAGACAAGGAAAGAUGCCUUCGCGACAACCCUGACUCCUGUCAUCUCCUGAUGCACCCCUGUCCCCUUUCCUAGUAUCUCGCCCCGUCCCUUUACCCCAUCCCCUCUCCUCUAUUCCUCUCCAGACCUCCCUCUCUCAAUCCCCCCAAUCUCCCCUUCACCUCGCACCCUCUUGACAAUGUUCUCAUGUGUUCGCUGGUUUCAGCCUUUCCUUGCCUUGCUAUCCUCUACCUUGUUAUCUUGGGGGUACAACUGUCCAUCCAGCUGCUUGUGUCCAGACCAUCACACCGUGGACUGCACAAGUCAAGGGCUCACCCGUCUUCCAGACUCCAUCCCUUUGGAUGUACGGAGACUGCUUCUGUCUAACAACUGGAUUCCCUGGAUCCCUUCUGAUUUCCUGGUUCUCUACAGUGAUUUGGUCUACCUGGAUCUGAGGAAUAACUCCCUAACAAAGCUGGAGCCUGGGACUCUGUGCACAUCCUCCAGACUGGUCUAUCUGGACCUGGGGAGCAACAACUUGACUGAGAUCCCCUCGGGAACUUUCGGUGAGUCCCAUAGUUUGAUCAAGCUACGUCUCGGGAACAAUCCUUAUUUGAAUAUGGUCAGCAAGGACGCAUUUGCAGGCCUCACCUCCUUACGAGAGCUCGAGCUAGAGAGGAAUUCCCUCUCUGGCCUGGACAUCGAGGUGUUGAACCAAUUGCCUUCUUUACGGGUGAUACGCUUAGAAGGGAACCCCUGGGUGUGCAAUUGCAACUUUGCCAAACUGUUUCUUUGGUUGUUGGAGAAUCGUCACAAGCUCCCAACUGGGUUAGAGGGUAUGGAGUGCUCUCUUCCAGGGGACGGGCGGCAAGUGUCCCUCAGUGUGCUUUCUGAGGACAGUUUCCGCGAGUGUCGGGGAUUGCUGACUCUCACUGAUUAUCUCAUAGUCAUUUUUUCUGGAAUUUGUAUUUCAGUGGCAGCCAUUAUUGCCAGUUUCUUUCUGGCCUCCACUAUCCACUGUUUCCAGCGGCUCAAAUCCAAAAGGACAGAUGAAGAGGAGGCAGAGGACUGAGGGGUCUAACUGGACAGAAUGGAGAUUACAAAUUACCCACAAUGCACCACACACUGGAAGCCAAGGGAUUUGAUUAAGAGGUGAAAACCUUAUUUCCAUGAGAAUAGGCCCCUGUGUGACUAAGGUGAAGCUGCAAGAGCCGUCAAAAAAUCUCACAAACGUCAUCUGUGAUGCUUUUUUAUACUUGAACACCAAUGAUUGAAUUGAGCCUUAAGACUAAAACUGUUCCUGAAAAUGCAGUUUAUGAAAGCACUGUUUAAUGCCCCUGUAUUCAAAAUUGAUCAGCAUUAUAUUUUGACAUCAACUAGCAACAAUGGUCUUUUUAUGAAAAUGUGCAAGAUAAUUAGUAUUUUCUACACGAGUUAUUUUUGGUAUUGUGUACAUGGAUCUUGCUCCGUUAUAGUAAGGUUUAGCUACUUGCACUUUAAUGUACAGAUGACAUUGCACACAAUCCCAGUGAGCCAGACUGUAAGCCACUUCUCAUAAUUCAUAAUUGCACUUAUCACCAAAGAAAUAAAUUAGCAUAUAUUGUGGCAUACAUGUUUUUCAUGCAAAUGGUUCAAAACGCCAAUCAAUUCGGUUGUAUUACAAAUAACAUAAGACAUGUUUGGUUAUUGAUGACUUCAUAAAUGUCAUGCAUACUCUUAAUAUGCUUGUUGUAGUUACAGAUGGGUCGCAACUGUAUAUCAAGUACUCAAAGUAUUUUAAAGGCUAAAUUAAAAGGGAACUUUGUCCAUUUUAUGUUAAUUCUGUCUCGUAACAUUCUUUUCCUUUCCUUUCCUAACAUUGAUGCCAAAGUGUUUUAAUAUGUCUGGUCACACUGUCUUAGGCCAUGUUGUAACUAGAUGAGGUGGUCCUGCUUUCUGCCACCAUCUUGUGAAAAUAACAUGAAGUUCCUGCCGGUUCGACCCGGAAAGCCCUGGAAGCUCUCAAAGUGCAAAAGAAACAAUAGAGCUCAUGUAGUGCCUUUAUAUAAUCUUGUGUUGCUUCCACUACACAUAGAAUUGAGUUUUUUAGGUUGAUGCUAGAGGACGUUUUUGUCUCGAUGAAAGCUUCUUGUAUAUGCUGUGGUUGGGAGAUCUCCAUGACUUAGCAACAGUGACGUUUUACUCCGGGUCAUGAAUUUAACAGACGACAGAGGCAAACAAGCGACACAGAAGUGUAGUAGAUUCCACAAUCAUCCAAACAUCCCCUCAGAUGGAGAUGAGAGAGGAUGGAAAGCACACUUAUUUCGCCUGCUCAUUUUCUAGGCGAAAAGUUAAAUGAGACAGAGGAAAGAAUUUGGCAGAAUAAGUGCUACGAUUCUUCAGAUCUUCUUGUUGCUAUGGUUACGUGUCUGUGGGCCAGUUGUGUUGAAUUCAGACUCCGCUACUGAGGAUGGCUUUGACUAAUCAAGUCUCCUCCUGUCCCUUGCUAUUUCUCAGUGACUUUUAACCAGCUUUCCUCUCCUUAAAAUUGACUUGAUUUAUGGCGUGAAACUAACAUUCCCACUUCUUUCCUUACUGUUUACUCCUUUCCUUAGUGAGAUUUGGAUGGCCAUUAGCUAGACAAUAAUCGAGAGCAUUAAAUAUUGAUGCACUGCAUCAUAACUACUGAGUUGUAAUGCUGUGAAACACUGAAAUGUCAGUUUUAAAAGGUAAGUAAAUGAUGUGGGUCUAAGUUUACAAGAGCAUGUAAGUUGAACAUGAAGGCAUGUGGCCAGUAGGAAGUUAUGUGUCAAGACCUGUUUACUUGGACACUAGCCAAGAUUGUUUUACAUUCAGGGCAAAUGAAACUGAUCCUUCAACUGGCCACUCAUUAUCCAGUGGUGGACUAUGACCUGAGAAUGAAACCAAGAUCCCUGAAAACAAGAACAGCAUGACUCUGCAUCCUGAUCCUCUUCACUGUUUCUGACACCGAUGCUGGUUAGUUUACAGGAGUUAGUGUGAUUACAGUAUGAAAAGCCUGUCAAUGGUGGUUAACUUGUAACAUCCAAGUGAAAGGUUAAACACAAACAUGUCUGAAAACAAAUCAAUAAAAUAAAAGAAUGGAGUUGGAAAAAAUUAUUUGU